AUGUCGAAUGUUAAGAAAGUUUGUACUGGAUGUCAGAUAGCUAUAGAGGACAGAAGGUACUUCCUGUGUGGCAAAUGUGGACAAUAUUACGACUUGAUUUGUGCCAAUGUUUCGGAGCAACGAUUUUACAAUACCAUGACCAAAGAACAUAAAAAUGCAUGGAGGUGUGUAUUAUGCAUAAGUAAACAGCCUAAAUUCGACAAUACCAAUACACCAGUACGUGCUGUCAUCGAUGCAGUUACGGUGCAGCGAGGUGCUGCGGUUACGUCACCUAUGCAAUUGGAUAUGUCGGUCGUGGAAAAUCCUCAAUCAGUCAUGGACACUACCAUAGAAACCUAUCAUAACAUGACAAUAGAAAUGACGGAAUUCCAAUCGUUUGUCUUAGAAAUGCGUGCAUUUAGAGAGGAAAUUCGAGAAGAAAUGCGAGCUAACCGCUUAGAGUCUAAGCGAUUGAACGACAGCGUGGCCGCGCUUGCGGACAGGAUCACUGAAUGCGAAAGCCAUAUGAAAAAACUUGAUGAACGCGUGGAGCAACUAGAAGUCCGACUCUCUGAUAAACGGGAUGGCACUUCAACGCUGUCGGCAGCAAUUGAUCAAUUAAAAUCGGAGCUUAAUGAACGAGAUCAGGAGUUCUUGCUCACAGAUAUUGAAAUAACUUGCAUACCGGAACAAAAGGAGGAAAAUUUGUUAACCAUCGUAAACAAAGUGGCUACAAAACUAGGCGUGACUUUGCAUGCUGAAGAUGUCGUGAGCGCUGUGCGCAUGGGGCGUAUUCUCGAUGUAACUCGGUCCCCUGCGACAUCCCGCCCGCGCCCAAUAGUGGUACGUUUGGCGCGACGUGCCAUGCGAGACAGGUUCCUUGAUGCUGUAAAGGUGCGCCGUGGAGCGAAUACGGAGGACAUGAACCUGCCUGGCAGGCCGUGCCGCUUUUUUGUGAACGAGAGGUUGACAAAGCGGAACAGGCAGUUGUUUCGACGUGCUCGAGAAUUAGCACGUGACCUAGGGUGGCGUUACGUUUGGACGAAGGAUGGACGUAUAUUUGCACGUCAUCGUUCUGGAAGUGACGCCCCUCGUCACCACUUACGCUCAGAGGCUGAUCUAAGUCGAGUUUUUGGAACAGUACCCUCGAGAACCUCUACUAGUUAA